ACUGAUUGCAUCAUUUGGCCUCAAACCAGUGAGGAGAACGUUUCAAUUUGCAUAGAAGAUACGAGAGGAAAAUGUCAGACUAUUCCGGCAGCGACUACAAUGGCAACUCCCAGAGGAGGGAGAAAUCCGUGAGCUAUGCCCUCUACCUCCACCGAAGGGAGUUGGGGCGUCCCAGGCGCAAGAUGAUGCGAAUCGCUAGCACCAAGUUGCAGCUGACAAACGAGCUCAUCCAGCUGCAGCAGCGUCGCCAAUGGGAGACGGCCUUUGACCUCGAGUUCGACGCGGAGGCCAGUUCCCAGCAGAUGAGUGCACUCGAUAGGGAACGGGAAUAUCGGGACAGAUUGCGAACCAAUAUGCAGCGGCAACUCGAGAAGCAGCAGAAACGCAAGCGAAAGUAUCUCCAGGAAAUCGGCAAACUAUAGUACGAGCAUAUUGCGGAAGGCAAUAAUUAAUUAAUUAAUUGAGCGCCAUAUUAAGUAAUUUAAAGAGUAUGAUAACUCUUAUUGACAAACUAGAAAAUCAAGAUUUUCAAGCUAUAGGUUUAAUCUUUCUGACAAUUAUGAAUUUUACACUCAGGAAAGCAGUAACAUAAAAUAAGGAACUCAGAAAUAGAUUUUGUGAUAUCAUCUUUUACAAAUAUUAUUUAGUUUUACGGCAGUACAGCCUUAUAUGAAUUAUUAUAUAAA